CUGCUAUGGCGCGUUCCCUUUCGUACGAUUGCUUAAUCUUCUGCAAUAGUCCACAAAAAGAUACGAUAAAAAUAAAAAUUAAAGAACCCAAAAGAAGCAGUUCAAUCGCCAUUCUGAAAUAAUUUGAACUUAAAAACUAGAAAUAAAGUCUUAAACUUCUGUACCUACAUGAUGGAUUCUAUUUGAAGUCUUCAUAAUUGGAUGGAUAUUGAUUUCUCUUAAUCAGUGUUUUGAUUAGAUAAAAAUGAUAACAGGUAAUAAAGGUAAAUUACAGUGUUAUCUUAUACGAGUACAUGCGUAUGAUGGUUGAACUGGUGUAUCUGAAACAGAUCAACUCCGACAAAAAGUGCAUCGUGGAUCAACAUGUAAGAACAUCAAAACACAUUGCAGCAUUGCGAAAAUUGCAAGAAGGCGCAAGACCACAACAAACUUUAAAAAGUUGUAUUCAACAAAGUUCGUAGAAAAACAACCAAAUGCAGUUUAUUGAAGAUUCAUGCAAAGCAAUGAUUUCAGCAGAUAUGCCCUUAAAUAAGUUAAAUAAUGUAAAUUUAAAGUCAUUUUUGCAAAAUUAUUGCAAAGUCAAUGCACAAGAUGAAUAUACACUAAGAAAAAUGCAUGCCGAUUGUAUUUAUAAAGACACAAUGGUGUGUAUAAAAAAUAUUAUAUCUGACAACUUUUAUAUUGUAAUUGAUGAAAUUACCAAUUUUAGUGGAAGAUGUAUUGCACAUUUAUUAUCUGAAGUUCUACAUGAAGAUAAACUAGGGAAAACACACGUCAUAUCAUCCAAGCACCUUGAAAAAACAAACAAUUUAACUGUGACUAGAUUUGUACAGGAUACUUACAUUUUUUACCAGAUCUUGUCUCUUCUAGUAAAUGUAUACUUUUAUUGUGAUUAAAG